AUGCGCUGGAAUAGAAACAAUCCAGAUUCACGUCAAUACACUGGGAAGUCUGGAAAAAACUUUCAUCGCUCACACGAGGAGCAGGACUCAGAAUAUCACCUAUUAUGCUGCCGGGAAAGGCAAGGGGUUGGUCAUCUUGUUGUGGGAUAUGAGACAAGUCAACCAACCGCACCUCGAUCCUCUGGUGCGUGGAAGACGCUGACAGUGGAAAGCGUGGCUUUGCUAGCUGGACAACGCCCUUUCUCCUUCGAGGUGUUGGACAUCGGCAUUGAAGGCAACAUAAUGGAGGCCAAACUGCAAAAGAUCUUCGAUCUUACUGGCCUAUGGGAAGCUUUGAUUGGCAGUGCUGAGGUCGAUGUAUUCCUCGAGACGCGUGAUACCAAUCGCUCGGAUAUCCAACGAAACACAAUUGUCUCCAGCUCAAGUCCUAUGACAUCGCCGUCGAAAGUCGAGUCCGUAAGUCUACUCACAACUCUCAUCCACAAAAACCUCCGACUUGGCACAUAUUAUGACGAAAAGCCCUUCGUAGAUGUUUCUCCAGAAUGCAAAGGCCUCAACGAAGACCAGCGGUCCAGGAUCUUUCUCGAGUUCAUCGCGCAACUUGAGAAGAAGGACCUCGUUAAGGAGGUCAAGGCCUUAGUCGAUGAGGUGGGCAAGAGCAAGGAGUUCAACGGUCGACAGACCCGCAAUAUGGUAUCGACCGCCAUGUCGCUCGCCAACGCUUCUGACACGGAUGCAUCUUGCGGAUAUCUCGAAGCACAUUAG